AAGAUCACGGAACCACGCCAGGAUCCUUCCGCCGUCGGCGACGUCGCUCCUGACGUCACCUCAACACGUAAACCACACAAUUAAGUUUAUUCCUCUCUCUCUCCGUCAACUUAAACCGGUGUUUGUAUAUAAAUCUGAUUGAUAUAGAAAUCGAAACUCAAAUUGGAGAACAUUCGAGAAGCUUUGGAUUUUUGAAUCACGAAGACAUGGAAAAAACAGAAUCUGUAUCAGGAAAGGGGAAGAGAGUGAUUGUUAUCGGCGGCGGAAUCGCCGGCUCUCUCGCUUCGAAAUUUCUUCAAUUCGAUUCCGAUCUCACCCUCAUUGAUCCGUAAGCUUUUGGUUCAUUAAUUUCAAAUGUUGGAGACAUUGUGUGUUUAUUUGUCUUAAAUCUUGAUUAAUUUCAAUUAGGACAUGACAUAGUUUGAUCAGUUUAGAUGUGUCUUAAUCUUGAUUAAUCUCAAUUUAGGAAGGAGUAUUUUGAGAUUAUUUGGGCAAGUUUAAGGUCAAUGGUAGAGCCAGCUUUUGCUGAAAGAUCGGUGAUAAACCACAAGAAGUAUUUACAAAAUGGUCGUGUUGUGACUUCUCCAGCGGUUAAUAUCACAGACACCGAUGUUUUGACCGCGGAUGGUCUUGUCUUUGGGUAUGAUUAUCUUGUUAUUGCUACUGGUCACAAUGAUGUGCUUCCUAAAACUAGGCAAGAGAAGUUAUCUCAAUACCAAACAGAACAUGAGAAGAUCAAGUCAUCUGAGUCGAUUCUGAUUGUUGGUGGAGGUCCGUCGGGUGUGGAGCUCGCUGCGGAGAUAGCUGUCGAUUUCCCUGAGAAAAAGGUUACUAUAGUACACAAUGGACCGAGAUUGCUGGAAUUUGUUGGUCAGAAAGCUGCAGACAAGGCAUUAGACUGGAUGAAGUCCAAGAGAGUUGAAGUGAUAUUGAACCAAAGGGUUGAUUUGAGUUCAGCUUCAGAUGGGAGUAAAACGUACCGAACAUCGGGUGGAGAGACGAUACACGCGGAUUGUCACUUCCUCUGUACUGGAAAACCUUUGUCUUCAGAAUGGCUAAAAGGAACUGUUCUGAAAGAUAACUUGGAUGGCAAAGGAAGGCUUAUGGUCGAUGAGUACUUGAGAGUUAAGGGUCGCAAGAAUGUAUUCGCUAUUGGUGAUAUUACUGAUGUCCCGGAGAUGAAACAAGGCUACAUUGCUGAGAAACACGCCUCUGUAGCUACAAAGAACAUAAAGUUGUUGAUGUCUGGUGGGAACGAGAAGAAGAUGUCGACUUACAAGCCUGGUCCGGACAUUGCCAUAAUAUCUUUAGGAAGAAAGGACUCGGUUGCUCAGUUCCCAUUCAUGACAGUCUCGGGUUGCAUACCUGGUUUGAUCAAAUCUAAGGAUCUGUUUGUCGGGAAGACGAGGAAGGCAAGAGGUCUGGAUCCUAACCUUGUGGAGCCUUGAGUGAUUGUGCUUAUCUUCAUGAUGAGAUUCUUCUUGUGCAGGCGCAUUUCGUCGUUUAUUUCAUCACACGUUUGUUGUAUGUUGAUUUGGUCCACUCUCCUGUUUGUGGAUUCUCAGAGUGGAGUGUUGUUUGCUUUUGUUGUAACAUGAUUUGUAAAGAAUCUGUUCGAUUUCUCUAAAAGGAACCAAAGUUGUUCAAUAAGCCAUAACUUAUGAAGCAAUAUAGCUCAGCGCUAAAGAAA